AUGAUUCACUCAGAAGCCAGAAGACCAGUAUCUUUCAUAGCAGUAUGGACAGAAGCAAACAUAUCUAUAGUCUCCAUAAUCACAGCCACAUCCCAGGGUGCCAUAGCCAUUGUCCAGGCCACCAUGGUAGAGGCUGGGCUGUCUGCACUGAAGUCACCUACUCUCCUUCUCCACCCAAGAACAACCUCAACCACCAACACCAUGUGUGGCAGCUACUACGGAAACUACUAUGGCAGCCUGGGCUGUGGCUACAGAGGCCUGGGCUGUGGCUACAGAGGCCUGGGCUAUGGCUACGGUGGCCUAGGCUGUGGCUAUGGCAGCCUGGGCUAUGGCUUCGGUGGCCUGGGCUGUGGCUAUGGUGGCCUGGGCUAUGGCUAUGGCGGCCUGGGCUAUGGCUAUGGCGGCCUGGGUUGUGGCUAUGGCUCCUGCUAUGGCUGUGGCUACCGCAGACUGGGCUGUGGCUAUGGCUACUACUAUUGA